UAUGAAAAAUAAUGAAAAUGAGACUUUUUUUUAAUCGAUUUUGUUGCAUAUUUUUUAUUUCAUAGGGUAUAUUUCUGCAAAAGAAAAGCAUAAAUGCAUAUUUUAAAGUGCAUAUAUUUCUGAGGUUUUUAGAGAAUAUAAAUCCGGGCCCUAGUGAUGAAUAAUUAUAUUGAAUAAAAUCAUAUUUUUUUUUAUAUUUUGUCAAUACAAAUUUGUACUGAAGUCUAGAAUAAUUAAAUUAAUUUUAAUUUUGAUUAACCAUUACUGCAGUCAUUGAAUUUAAGCUAACCACUAUAACUUUCAUAAUAUAGUUAACCUAACUACUAUAAAGAAUUAAUAUACAAUUUACCAUGCAAAAUCUAAGGGAUCUAAAAAUAUCCAGUAGAAGUGAACCAGCAAAAUACAAGUACAAAAAAUCGUCUUAUACGGAUAUAUUCGAAGGAUUACAAUCCUUACGCAAAGAUGAAGUUUUUUGUGAUAUUAAGCUAGAAACAGAUGAUGGCCAAAAAAUAUUUGGACACAAAGUGGUUUUAGCAUCGGCUAGUCCAUAUUUUCAUGCUAUGUUCACAAAUUUUGCGGAAAGUAAUAAAGAUCUUGUUAUUAUAAGACAGGUGGAUCCAACCGCCAUACAACUCUUAAUUGACUUUAUUUAUUCUGGGGAAAUCGUGGUUACCGAAAAAAAUGUACAGGUUCUGUUGCCAGCAGCAAAUCUCUUGCAGUUACAAGAAAUAAAAGAGGCAUGUUGUGAUUUUUUACAAGCACAACUGCACCAUACAAAUUGUCUUGGCAUAUAUGCCUUAGCUGAUUUAUAUAGCUGUAUGAAAUUGUUAACAAGUUCAGAAUUAUAUACUCAACAGCAUUUUUUAGAAGUGGUUGAAGGAGACGAAUUUCUAUCGUUAUCAUCUCAACAAGUCAUUAACUUGAUAUCCAGUGAUAAACUUACGGUUCAAUCUGAAGAAAAAGUGUUUGAAUGUGUUAUCCGUUGGGUAAAAUAUAAAUUGGAUUCCAGAAAAUUAAUUUUGCCCCAAUUAAUGGAACAUGUACGUCUACCAUUAACGUCGAAAAAUUACAUAUUAAAAAAUGUAAUUGAGGAACCUCUUCUUAAUAACUGUCCUAAAUGUAAAGAUUACAUUAUUGAGGCAUUACAAUUUCAUUUACUGAAGUCCAGUGAUCUCAUCACAAUUCCACAAAACAUCAGGACUAAACCUAGACACGCUGGUAGAUCACGUAAAGCUAUUUUUGUGGUUGGAGGGCAAGGUACUAAAGCAAUUAGUAAUACAGAAUGGUACGAUCCAAAAAUCAACCGAUGGCAGAUUGGACCAAAAAUGAUUACAGGGCGUUGUAGGGCUGGUGUAGCUGUAAUAAAAGAUAAUUUUGUGUUUGCUGUGGGUGGUGUAUUUAAAUCAAUUCAUAAGUCUAUUGAUGUGCUAGAUUUAACUUCAGAAUCACAAUGUUGGAAACCAACAGCUGACAUGUUAGUUGAAAGAAAAGAAUUAGGAGUUGGUGUAAUAAAUGAUUUUCUAUAUGCUGUUGGCGGGUUUGAUGGUGUAUCAAGCUUGAAUAGUGCAGAAGUUUUUGACUGCAGAACUCAAGAAUGGCGGAUGGUAUCUAAUAUGUCUACUAGAAGAUCUGGCCUUGGUGUUGGAGUAUUGAAUAACUGUUUGUAUGCGGUAGGAGGUUAUAGUUUUUCAUCAAGGCAGACUUUAAACACUGUUGAAUGUUAUCAUCCCGGUCUUGAUGUAUGGACAUUCGUCGCAGAUAUGUGUGUACGUCGCUGUGGUGUGGGUGUAGGAGUUUUAGAUGGAGUAUUGUAUGCGGUAGGUGGUUAUGAUGGAUUAGAAGUUCGGAGUAGUGUUGAAGCAUAUACACAAAGUACAGGAGUUUGGACUACUAUUGCGGAUAUGCAUUUGUGUCGAAAAAAUGCAGGUGUAGUUGCAUUGGAUGGUUUAUUGUAUGUUGUGGGUGGAAGAGACGGAACUUCUAAUUUGGAUUCUGUAGAAUUAUACAACCCCGUUACGAAUUCCUGGUCCAUGCUAGAAGCAUCAAUGCAUGUAGCACGAUAUUUUGCAGGAGCAGUGGCCAUAAACCUGCAAAUUAGUUCAUGAGUCUAUGUUAAUACAGCCAUUGAUAUAGGUCACCACGUUUUAAACUACUUGUUAGUUGUUAUCGCAUCCAUAUGGUUUUAUAUUUUCGUAUUUAUAAUUUAUUGAAAUCUUCUUAUAAUGUAUGAUUAUCGUGAUACUAUGUUUGUUACUAUGUUUACUUUUAGUUUUAUUAUUCUAUUAAUUUUACAGCUUUUGAACGUUUUAUCAAAAAGUUUUUGUACAAUAUUAAAUGAAUAAAAAUGAAAUAAAUUGUUUCCGAAAUUGUAUAA